AUGCCGCGAAACAAACUGCAAUUUGGCUCUGCCCCUCAUCGGCCGUGGCCUCCAAGUCCUCAUCCUCAUGACUCGAAUGAAGCAGUACUCAACUACUUUCGAGAGUGCUUUGCAGUAACCUACCGACUUGAUGUAAACUCUCAGGAGAUCCAAUCCCUAGAGUUUUCAUUUCAUGGGACUGGUGCCAUGCUUUACCUUGCCACUGAAGAUGAACUUUGUGAUACCAUUAUUCCAUGCGCUUGUAUGACUUCUUUACUGGCUCGCUACACCGGCAAGAUGCUACCUCUACGGAUUCGUCAAAGGAAAGUGACCCAGUACUGGAUUCCGCGUUGCUCCUUCCGUCGACGAGUAUACCUCCAAGUCCUCCAGGUCUUCGUCGGAGAAAACUGGAGCCCCAACUGUUUGGGAACUGCCAACAUGCUUUCCCUUGUCCGCGCAGGCGUCCCAACUCCCAAACCCGAAUUCCCCCCUCCCACAGCGUCCCCGGAUGAUGUCCUCCUGUUUUUCCAACGUUAUAUGCUCCACUAUUAUAACCAACAGACGCCGAUUACACCCAUCGAUCAAUUCGAGCCGAUCCACGGUGACGAGCUUUAUCUGCGAAGCCUUGAAAAAUUGAUUGAUUGCGUCGGAGACAACAUUGUCGGGAAAGCUAUUUAUACGGAUCUCCAUUGGAGAUCCAAAUACGCCGCAGUAAGAGCUUGUCCAUGA